AUGGACAUGAAGCAGGAAUUCGCAGAAGCCGUUGAUGCUGCCGUACAAAUCGACUUUGGCCCGAAGAUUGAUGGCGAGAUCAACGUGUUCGAAACAAUCAUUCGUUACCUUGGGGGGUUUCUGGGUGCCUACGAUGUAUCUGGCUGCCACGAUGCGCGGCUCCUGAACAAGGCUAUCGAAGUUGCAGACAUGGCAUAUGCCUCAUUCGACACUCCAAACAGGAUGCCGGUUUCGAGAUGGAGCCCGAAAAAAGCUGUUGCCGGCGAAGAACAGUUGCCAGCCGAAUCAGUUCUGAUCGCUGAGGCGGCUUCUGCCAGCUUGGAAUUCACUCGCCUUUCGCAGCUCACGGGAGACAUGCGUGUAAACAUGCGAAAGCCAGACUUGACUUUCGAUGGCUUCUUCGGUCUGGGCGCGAUGGCAGACUCGACAUAUGAGUACAUAGGCAAAAUGCAUCAACUACUCAACGGCGUCGGAACAGUCGCCGCACAGUAUCAGAAAAUGUAUGAGUAUGCAAUGUCCACGGCGAUCAGACAUACGUUGUUCCGUCCUAUGGUCCACGACAAAGCAGAUAUACUGAUCGCCGGUGCGAACGUCGAUGGCAAAAGAGAUGACAAAGGUCAGCAUCUGGUGUGCUUUGCUGGUGGCAUGUUUGCUCUUGGUGGGCGGCUUUUCGAUAACAGCACACACAUGGACAUCGGACGUAAGAUCUCAGAAGGCUGCGCAUGGACAUACAAGAAUGCCCCAAAUGGGAUCAUGCCGGAAGUCUUCUCCAUGACCGCAUGUCCGACUCUGUCAGCAUGCGAGUACACACUGGAGCCCGGGACAAGUCCAUUCAGCGAGGUUGGCGACGGGCGGUACGUUCUCAGGCCCGAAGCGAUAGAGUCAAUCUUUUACAUGUAUCGCAUCACCGGCGACUCGAAGUAUCAAGAUAUCGCAUGGGAAAUGUUUCAGGCCAUUAGCACCCAUACGCGCACGGACUUCGCGAACGCGGCCAUUGCGGACGUCAUGAAGACACCAAUGGAGACGUACGACAGCAUGGAAAGCUUUUGGCUUGCCGAGACGCUCAAGUACUUCUACCUCAUCUUCACUGAUCCUGAUGAGAUAAGUCUGGACGACUUCGUUCUGAAUACCGAGGCGCACCCAUUCAGAAUACCGUACCACUGA